CACUUGGCAGGGACUCCCGUUCUUUGUCCAAGGAAUUCCAGAGCACACCUGGCUUCUCACUCGUCGGUGUUCUCAAAAGCUGAAAAGAAUGGAGCCAUUCCGGGAUGCCUUCUUGAUAUCGUCCCGCCGUCAUUUCGCUCCGGAUCCAGCAGCUUCAGCACUCGCUUGCUAAGUCGCUUCCAGUUGUCUGGGAAAGUCUUUAGAUUCCACUCGCUGACUGCAGCAAACUGCAAGCUCCGGAUACAACCCCUCUAUCCGUGCUUUCUUCGCACCAUCUUCGCUUUUUUUCUUCUUCAUCCUCCUGUGCCUUGCAUCGCCCCCUUCUCCAUUUCUUCUGCCACCUCAGCUGAUACUUACAUCGACCCUCCUGAAUACGGCUGCCUCGACCUUGCGAUACUCCUGUCCUCUUCAGCCACGCCCGUGCUCGCUCAUGCUCGUCGCCGCCCAAUCCGACCCCCACUUGGUUCCGAACGGCGCAGGGCAAGUCCAAGACAUCAAGAGAUCGGCAUUGGACGUUCCUAAACGACACAGGGCCCGGCUGACACCCGAACAUGCUCUCAAUGGCCGCCGCAUCAUCAGACCCAUCCCAGCCAGACGCAAAUUAAUGACAAUAUCUGUAUGCUUUUUCACAGUCGAGCGAUCCCAGGCACCGCCAUCUCGCGAUUAAACGCUUCUGCAUGAUAAUCACCGGCCCGGCAGCAGAGAGUGUCAUCGCCAUCCGCAUUGCAACCCCCCAUCAUCCACUCGUCAUCCAUUGACUGGCAAACAGCCCCAAGAGUUUUUGGGGGCUACGACUCAAGCAGAAGCGCUAGGUCCCAGGCUGCAGCAUCCUUGUCCGCCCAGAAACACCCUGGUCCGUGAUCUCGCGCGUGGAGCACAUCCCAGUCCAUGAAUCAUUGUUAGGACAGUACUUCUAUACCCUGGUUGUACAUUCAGGGCCGUCAACUCCUGUGCAGUGCGUCCCUUGUGGUGGUUGCUUUUUUCCAAGCUGCCCGCUCGGUUGGCGUGAUCAUCGCCCACGUCACUUGUCCACAACAGUCGGGCUGCCGGGACUGGCCCGGAAUUGUUUGGUUCGGCACUGGUCGGAUCUGGUUGGGUUUUCCAGGUUCUUGCCUGGGUCAGAUUGAAAACUCCCACCAUCGUCCGUUCGCAAGUCUCCCCCUCCCUCCCCUAUUCAGACGAGCUUGGUGAAAGGCCUGGUCGGCGUCGAGCUCGCCACAGUCCACCACCAUGCAGCGUGUUUCGUCCUUUUUCCCCUCGUGGGAGCGGCCGAGGCAAGCCAGUAUCAGCAGCACCAGGACGACGGCAUCGACACCGGUGACGGAUGCCCCGGCUUCAACACCGGGGGCUCUUGGGAAAGUUUUUGGAUGGGCCGGAAAGAUCGCCGUCCCUGCCCAUCGUCUCAGCACAUCGUCGGCAGCGAGUAAGACACCUACCCGUUUCGAUCGCGAGACAUACUGGCCGACAACGCUCGACAAGGAAUGUGACAAGGCUGCUAGAAUACUAAAGUCGUUCUGCUUCGAUGGGUUUCAAUUUCCAGAAGCGCAACCAAUACGAACCGAAUCACCACCUACCGAUCCCCCAUCGCAGUCUGCACAGAUAUACACUACCAAAAAGAUCCCGCCUCGCAUAAUACAGAAUGCCGUUGGUAUCGCCAUCUUCUCCUGCAUGCGAUCCGGCCUCUGGAUGUCGGGCUCCGGUGGCGCUGGUCUCAUCACCGCUCGGAAAGCUGAUGGAACAUGGUCACCUCCAUCUGGAAUAAUACUCCACACAGCCGAGCUCGGCUUUGUGAUCGGUGUCGACAUAUACGACUGCGUUCUGGUCAUCAACAGCGUCCAGACCCUGGAGCUCUUCACCCGCCCGAGACUGAUGCUGGGCGACGACGUCAGCCUCGCUGUGGGGCCGUUAACUGCCAUGGAGGGCCCGGAACCGGAAAUUAAGUGGAAGGAAAUUGGUGAUACUGUGUUGACGUAUGUGAAGGCUAGGGGAAAGCAUCAAGCAGUGGCACUUGACGGAUCCUUGGUCACAGAACGGACGAACGAAAACGAAAGAUUUUACAGCGCCAAUGUUUCGGUUUUAGACAUCCUUGCUGGCAACAUCCCCAAGACUAUCCCGGAAAUGCGUCCUUUAUUUGAGGUCAUCAAGGCUGCCGAGGGUCGAACUGAUUUUGACAAGCCUCUUUUUGAGUGGCUAGCACAGCAACCGGCUCCGGGAGACGCGGUCAUCGAGAUUCCCAGAAUGCCCCCGCCGACACCUUCGACUCUCUCCUUCGGCAUUCCCGACGCCAACGACCCGGACCCUUUUGGCGUUAUAGGCCUUGAAAUGGCCGGUAUCGAGAUCCGCGAAGCUGGCUCCAAGUUGAGACCCACGAGCACACAGUUCGAAUACCACCCCAGUCCGACAAGCCCUGUCUUUGCUCGGUUCAGCCGCCAGAGCAUGGAGACGUUCGUUUCUAGGAGCAACCGAGGCAGCUGCAUGUCGUCGAGGACACAGGCCACCGCCGUGACGGAUGCCUAUACCCAGACGGACGUGACGAGCCAGGCUGAAACCAGCUUUAGCCGCGCAAAUAGCGAUGACGGGAAAGACGCGAUGUCCGACAAGCUGCCUACUGUUGUUGAACCUGAGGAAGUUGACUACACAAAAGUUGACACAAGCUUCAUUGAAAGACUCCGGACACGCUCCUCGGAGGUACCCCCAGCACAGAUUGCAGAGUUCAAAGAGAUGGAAGUAAUUCAGGAGGUCAAGGAGGAGAAGCUCGUAGAGCAGGCGGGGGAAACGCAGGUUGUGGCUGAGAAGGAGACUCAAACAAUUUCUAGGGAUGCCAAUGCCCCUGCAACUUCGACCAGAUCUCUUCCAGAGGCGGAUGACGAGCGCGACGAAGAUGCCGACGACGAAGAUGACGAAGAGGAUGAGGAGGAGCCUAUCAUCUGUGAGGUCGCUACCGCCGCUGCACAGCCUACACGUUCGUCGAUUCGCACUUCGCAAGUCACCCAGGUUAUCCAAGCCAAAGGCGCCAAUGUAGUAACCAUCGCAAAACGAGUUCCGCCACCUCUUCCCGCCAGGAGUCCGGCUCGCGUGUCUCGCGGUAGCAAAACUGAGUACGGUGACGUGUCGUCACUUCGAAGCCCCGUUCGCAACUCAUUUCUCUCGAUCUCGUCCCGCGCCGAGGAUGUUGAUACUGCUGGCGAUGUUUCUAUCGACGAAGCCAUCUCAACCAGCGGUCAGGAGCAAAACUCGAUCAAAGUCGACUCACGCCCCAACAGCCCUCGCCACCAAAAGAACUCGUCAUCGGUCAGCACUGCCAUUGCAGUCCAGACCAACUUGGAACAGAGAAAGAGUCAUGAAAGCGACCAGGUCCCACCGGUACCGCAGAACAUUGAACUGCCCUCGUCGGCGGAAGAGGAGAGUGAAAGAGAACCGCGGACCCCCCUUACGGAAAAUGAGUUUCUCAGCGCCACUGAACAUCCUCAGGAAGAGACCAAGGCGGCGAAUGGCGCGAAAGCCCUAAGAAUAAUCUCGCCUUCUGGUAGCACAGAAGGAAGCUCGGUCGCUCUUUCUUGA